AUGACACGACGCCUUAUCAAGGAAGAAAUCACGUAUUCCCUUGCCAAAGAACGAGAGGUGAACAUCCUUCAUCAACUGGGCUAUUUUGACAAACAAUGCCGUUUCUUUUCCUACCUGUAUGACAGACGCGAAUGGAUGAAGGCUGUGGUUGUUCAGCACCUAGGUUUGAGCUCAAUCGAUACGUGUCAUGUCCCAAAAAUAGAAGACUGGCUCCGUGGCAGCUUUAAUGUCUGCAUUCCUAUCACUGUCGUCGACUGGAAGACCCGGCAACAGCCUGGACGCCGAGUCAUACUCCGAUUUCCGCUUCCCUACCGCAUUGGCGAUGAGUUUAGACCCGGCAACGGGGACGAAAAGAUUCGAUGUGAAGCUGGUGCCUAUGCGUGGCUACAACAAAAUUGCCUAGAUGUUCCAAUUCCACAACUGUAUGGAUUAGCUUUGACAACGGGUGAAACGUAUACGCGGAUUGACAACCUCCCUUUUCUGAAUCGUUGCUUUCAAUUCUUACGUCGUCGGUUCCUACGACUCUUUCGCUUUCCGGUACCAUCAAACUAUAUAUGCUGCCAGACAGCGCCGCCUGCCGCCCAUGUCAGCAGUGCCGGAUACUUAUUGAUAGAGUGCAUCGAGCGAACCCAUGGAACGAUGCUGUCUAACACUUGGUCUGAAAAACGGCACGAUAUCGAGUUGCGGAGCAAUUUCUUUCGUGAUGUUUCUCGGAUUCUGUUGAGUCUCUGCAAAUCACCUCUGCCUCACAUCGGUUCAUUUGUCAUAGAUGGCGAGGGUUUCUUGAUUUUGGCCAAUCGCCCGCUCUCCAUGGAGCUCCAAGAACUGGAGAAUGAGGGAGUCCCGACUAACAUACCCCGCGACUAUACCUACUCGACAGUUGAGUCAUACGUGUCAGAUAUCUUGGGUGUUCAUGACAACCGCCUGCGACACCAACCAAAUGCUGUCAAUAAUACGCAAGAUUGCGUUUAUCAGAUGUCAGCACUGGCGGCGAUGCGGACAAUAAUUCCAUUGUUUUUCUAUUCCAACUUUCGCAGAGGUCCAUUUUAUUUCACGCUCACAGAUCUCCACCAAAGCAAUAUCUUCGUCGAUGACAAAUGGCGUAUCACUUGCUUGGUGGAUCUUGAAUGGGCCUGCUCCCGACCGAUUCAAAUGAUAGAACUACCCUACUGGCUGACUGAUAAAGCCAUCGAUGAAAUCGACGCCGAAGAAUAUGACACAAGUCGGAAGGAAUUGAUUUCUGCCAUGUGUGGUCAUGAGAUAGAUCAAUCCAGCAGUAUUGCCCCAAAGGACCCCGGUCGAAUGUCUUUGCAACUUUCGGAGGUCAUGGAACAAACAUGGGAAAGUGGGACGUUUUGGUAUUCUUUGGCUCUCUCUAGCCCGACAGGUUUAUUCCGACUGUUCUAUGAUCACAUACAACCUUUGUUAUCCAAGCAUCGUUCCGAUGAGAUCGGUGAAACCAUGCCGUUCUAUUGGGAAAAGGACGUAGGGAAAUUUGUGGUCACCAAGCUUUCUGAUAAAAUGAAAUAUGAUAGAGAGCUCCAACAAGCUUUCGCAGCAAGCAGCUCUGGGGGUGAAUAG